UCGCGGAGGCGGGCGGGGGCGUGGCCUCGGGGAGCGGGACUCUGGACGCAGCUUUUUGCAGCCGCGCUGCGCGCACCGCGGGCUCCGGGCUCAGAUUUGCGGACGCCCGGCUCGUGGCGUGGACGCCAUGGUGCUGUGCCCGGUGAUUGGGAAGCUGCUGCACAAGCGCGUGGUGCUGGCCAGCGCCUCCCCACGCCGUCAGGAGAUCCUCAGCAACGCGGGUCUCAGGUUUGAGGUGUUCCCCUCCAAGUUUAAAGAGAAGCUGGACAAAGCCUCCUUCGUCACUCCAUAUGCGUACGCCAUGGAGACCGCCAAGCAGAAGGCCCUGGAGGUGGCCACCCGGAUGCACCAGAAGGACCUGCGGACCCCCGACGUGGUCAUUGGAGCGGACACAAUCGUGACGGUCGGGGGGCUGAUUCUGGAGAAGCCGGUGGACAAGCAGGACGCCCACAGGAUGCUGUCCCUGUUGAGCGGGAGAGAACACAGCGUGUUCACAGGCGUCGCGAUUGUCCAGUGCUCCAGCAAAGACCAUCAGCUGGACACCAGGGUCUCGGAAUUCUACGAGGAAACGAAGGUGAAGUUCUCGGAGCUGUCUGAGGAGCUUCUCUGGGAAUACAUCCACAGUGGGGAGCCCAUGGACAAAGCUGGCGGCUACGGGAUCCAGGCCUUGGGCGGCAUGCUGGUGGAAUCUGUACACGGGGACUUCCUGAACGUGGUGGGAUUCCCGCUGAACCACUUCUGCAAGCAGCUGGUGGAGCUCUACUACCCGCCCCGCCCGGAGGACCCGUACGGGUCCAUCCCGACCGUGGACACCUUUGAAGAUCUCAGUGACGUGGAGAGGGGCGGCUCAGAGCCUGCUCAGAGGGACACGGGCAGCCGCGAUGAGAAGGCCGAGGCGGGAGCGAUGGGACAGGCCACGGCAGAGGCUGAGUGUCACAGGACUCGGGAGACCCUGCCUCCAUUCCCGACACGCCUCCUGGAGCUGAUUGACGGCUUUAAACUAUCGAAGGCCUUAUUCACCGCUUGCAAGCUGAAGGUGUUUGAUUUGUUAAAAGAUGAAGCACCCCAGAAGGCUGCAGAUAUUGCCAGCAAAGUGGACGCCUCUGCGAGUGGAACGGAGAGGCUUCUGGACGUCUGUGCUGCCAUGGGCGUCCUGGAGAAGACAGAGCAAGGUUACAGUAACACAGAGACAGCAAACCUCUACCUGGCAUCAGAUGGUGAAUACUCCCUGCACGGCUUCAUCAUGCAAAAUAAUGACCUCACCUGGAACCUCUUUACAUACCUGGAGUUUGCCAUCCGAGAGGGAAGAAACCAGUACCACAGGGCGUUGGGGAAGAAGGCAGAAGAUCCGUUCCAGGAUGUGCACUACCAGAGCCCGGAGACGCGACUGCGGUUCAUGCAGGCCAUGCAUGGCAUGGCGAAGCUGACUGCACGCCAGGUGGCCACAGCCUUUGAUCUGUCCUGCUUCUCCUCCGCCUGCGACGUGGGAGGUCUGUGCCCCCCACACGUGGCCCAGAGUGGCUGCUGUAGCACCGGCCAUCAUGUGUACAUCCCUACAGCAGGAAGGAGAAGGGAGGAGUACAACCCUCCACCCCUGGCCUGGAAGGAUUUCCCUGCAGGUCUGUGCCCCCCACACGUGGCCCAGAGUGGCUGCUGUAGCACCGGCCAUCAUGUGUACAUCCCUACAGCAGGAAGGAGAAGGGAGGAGUACAGCCCUCCACCCCUGGCCUGGAAGGAUUUCCCUGCAGGCUGCACAGGUGCACUGGCCCAAGAGCUGGCCCGUGAGUACCCUCAUCUGCAGGUGACUGUGUUUGACCUCCCGGACAUCACUGAGCUGGCCGCCCACUUCCAACCCGCCGGACCGCAGGCAGCACAGAUCCACUUCGCAGCAGGUGACUUUUUCAGGGACCCCCUCCCGAGCGCUGAGCUGUACGUCCUGUGCCGGAUCCUGCAUGACUGGCCAGACGCCAAAGUCCACAAGUUACUCAGCAGGGUCGCCGCGAGCUGCAAGCCAGGGGCCGGCCUGCUGCUGGUGGAGACGCUCCUGGAUGAGGAGGAGAGGGAGGUGCAGGGCGCCCUGAUACAGUCGCUGAACAUGCUGGUGCAGAAUGAAGGCAGGGUGCGGAGCCCGGGCGAGUACCAGUGCUUGCUGGAGCUGCACGGCUUCCGCCAGGUGCAAGUGGUGCACUUGGGGGGUGUCCUGGAUGCCGUCUUGGCCACCAAAAUGGCCCCCUGAAGCCCAGACAGCAUGUUCAUUAUAGGGACGUCCUCCCCCAGGCUGCAGGUGGACUGCCUGGUCCCCAAGUACCAUAGGACAGUCACAUAGGAGUGUGUAGUCGUGACUGAAUAAAGAAAGCAAAAGCCUG